GGCGGAGCUGACAGGGAAGGAGACUGCUGCUCUGCUCUCUCUACAGACAGGCUGAGGCGGUGACACGGGUUCGAUUCCCUCCUUUGGAUCUUAUCUGCCCCUGGCCUGGGGGGCUCAUCGAGAAAUCCCUGGCAUCACAGAGGGGUGUGCAGAACUGACCGAUUGUUGCAAAGGGAAGCUGCGAUCUUGCACUGGACCCAGAAAGAGGUGCAUUCAUGUACAGUACUGGCUCGGAGAAGGGGGCUCUGUCUAUCCGGACUGGGGGCAUUUAAAUAGCAAAGGAAGCAGAUGUGGAUUGCCUUUCAGACUCCAACAAGGGGCUCACAAUAACUGGGACUCCCGAUUGUUUUACCCAUCAUUUGGAUGCAGGAAUAAUACAGAUACAGAUGCAGCUCUGCUCUGCUCUGACAUUAACCCGGACCUAAAAGACUGAGAAUUAGUAAAAAAAAAAAAAAAUUAUAAUAAUAUUAUUAUUAUUUUUAAUGUUGCCUAUUUUAUUUUCUAAUUUCAGCUGACCAGGAAAGGGUUACACAGAUAAAAAAAAAAAAAGAAAAAAAAAAAAAAAAAAAAGGCAUCGACCCAACUCUCACACUAUCGAUCCUCUACACGAAUCAGGAAGGGCGUUGUGCAGUUUUGUUUGUUUUUUCUAAUGUUGGCAUGCUCAACCUAACGUAAAUAUUUUCUACGAAAUCUAUUUUUUAUUUAUGACCCGACCUGUUUUUAUACAUAUAUAUAGAUACGCCGUCUUCUUAACAAGCUCCGUUCACUUGAUCUGCUAUUGAAAAGGCAUAAAAGGAGGGGGGCGGGAGAGAAGGUUGUAAAUUUAAUAUAUAUAGAGAGAGAGAUAUAUUAAAAAAAAGAUACUUAUUUUUUUUUUUACAAUUUUUUUUUUAAUUAUUUCGGGAUAGGGGGAAAUAGAUCUAUUUUUUAUUAAAGGGACUAAAGAAACAAGAUGGCUGAAGGGAAGUGUUUUUUGAAUGUGGUCAUAAUGCAAAAAGGUCCAGCGGCUGGGAGAUGGGAUUGAAGUUUCCUUGAUCGAGCAUAAUUAAUCUAUAAAUAAAAGGGGCUGAGGAAGGGGGCGUCUGGAUUCUGAGAUCCGUUUAGCCACAUUGUAUUUUCUGUAUUUUUUUUUUCUUUAUCCCGGUGGGUUUCUACAAGUUUGGAAACGAGCACUUGAAUAUUCAUGGUAAGGGUGACAUUCUUUAAGAAGUAAAUGUGUUAAUUUUCUGUGACUGUCUCCCUCAUUGGCCCCACUGUCAGUGCCCUUGCAGAUUGGAUGUAAAAUCAGGAAUAGCUUUCAUGUCAGGAGGAGGGAGACUGGAGGGGGAGGGCUGUGAUUAGCUGCUGAGAAAUUCCUUUUCAGUUUGAUCAAGGCAUGCGAAGCCUAAUCCACUGACCACAAUCCAACUCUUUCAUUUUUGCUCCGGUUUAUUUUGUAUUUUUUUCUUCUUCUUCAUUUCUAUGGUGGAAUAUUGUGUCCAUACAUAGGCUCGGGUUUAUGGUCAGGGUACCUGUUAAAAUUUUUUUUUGCAUUCGGCAUUUCACGUUAAAAAAAGGAGUUUUUCAAAGCCCUUUUUUUUUUCCUCUUAUUUGCGAAACAAGGAAGAGGUGGGAGGGUUUUUCUCGCUCCGGGCUGGAAUUUGAGCUGUGAGACUGAACUGUCUCUUUCAGAGCCCCAUCCAGGAUCACUCUCUAUGGAAACAACCUCAAGAAUUUGGUUCAUUUCAAGGAAGGCUUUCUAGAUUUCCAAGCCCCUCUUAUUUUAAACAAUUCCCAUAGCACGGAAUAUGCGCUGUGAAGUUACUCGCUCGUAAAUAGAUUUCAGUUGUAUUUUGCUUGUCCGUCUACCUAUAGUUUUUUUUUUUUUUUUUUUUACAUUUUAUUAUUAUUUCAGUUUUAGUUUAAAAAAGAAAGCAGACAAAAAAUUUUUGGGCUGUACCCCACUCAGUUCUGUAAACCGUGGUACACGUUACGCUGCCAAGCUGGAGAUGGCGGAGAAUUGGAAAAACUGUUUUGAAGAAGAGCUGAUAUGUCCUAUAUGUCUGCAUGUGUUUGUUGAACCCGUUCAGCUUCCGUGUAAGCACAAUUUCUGCAGAGGUUGCAUAAGUGAGGCCUGGGCAAAAGAGACAGGCCUGGUGAGGUGCCCUGAGUGCAACCAGGCCUAUAAUCAAAAGCCCAAUCUGGAAAAGAACCUUAAGCUCACAAAUAUUGUGGAAAAAUUUAAUUCUCUCAAUGUGGACAAGCCGCCAUCUAUCCUGCAUUGUGUAUUCUGUAGAAGGGGCCCACCACUGCCUGCCCAGAAGAUCUGUUUGAGAUGUGAAGCGCCAUGCUGCCAGUCCCACGUCCAGACUCACCUACAACAGCCUUCUACUGCUCGAGGGCAUCUCCUAGUAGAAGCUGAAGACGUUAGGGCCUGGAGUUGUCCACAACAUAACGCUUACCGACUAUACCACUGUGAAGCCGAGCAGGUGGCAGUGUGCCAGUUCUGCUGCUACUAUAGUGGUGCCCACCAAGGACAUUCAGUGUGUGAUGUGGAGAUACGCAGAAAUGAGAUCAGAAAAAUGCUCAUGAAACAGCAAGAUCGCCUGGAGGAGCGGGAGCAGGAUAUAGAGGAUCAGCUGUACAAACUGGAAUCUGACAAGAGAUUAGUGGAGGAGAAGGUAAACCAGCUUAAAGAUGAGGUUCGGCAGCAGUACGAGAGAUUGCACCAGAUCCUGGAUGAAGACAUGAGGAAGACUAUGGAUAUUUUGGAUAAGGCCCAGGCCAAGUUCUGCAACGAGAAUGCAGCCCAGGUUCUGCAACUGAAUGAACGGAUGCAAGAGGCCAAAAAGCUCCUGAGCUCUGUGCAGGUCAUGUUCGACAAAACAGAGGACAUUAACUUCAUGAAGAAUACAAAGUCUGUGAAAAUCCUGAUGGACAGGAGUCAGACCUGCACUGGAGGAAGCCUUCCACCACCCAAAAUUGGACAUCUGAACUCCAAGCUCUUCCUGACUGAGAUUUCGAAGAAGGAGAAACAGCUGAGGAAAAUGCUGGAAGGCCCGUUCAGCACCCCUGUGCCAUUCUUGCAGAGCAUUCCUAUGUAUUCCUGCAAUGUUAGCAGUUCCGGGGCAGAGAAACGCAAACAUUCAACUGCAUUUCCGGAAAGCAGUUUCCUUGAUUCAGCCCCUGGAACAGUUAGUGGCCAGUACAUAAGCCAGGGAUCUUCCACUGGGGAGGGUCAGUCGGCACAACCUAUGGUGCCUUGCAGCUCUACCCAGCAUAUUGUAGGACUUCCUAGCGGCCCACAGCCGGUCCACUCCAAUUCUGUCUUCAAUCCCUCCCAUUACCCCAACAGUUCAUCAUCUCAGCAAUCUGUCCUCUCCCAGUAUGGAGGACGCAAGAUCCUGGUGUGCUCUGUGGACAACUGUUAUUGCUCCUCAGUGUCUAACCACAGUGGGCACCAACCAUAUCCUAGGUCUGGCCACUUUCCAUGGACAGUCUCUUCCCAAGAAUACUCUCAUCCUCUUCCACCCACACCUUCAGUAACACAGUCUCUUCCAGGACUCGCUGUCAGAGAAUGGAUUGAUGCUACCCAGCAACAUGGCCGUCAAGAUUUCUAUAGGGUCUAUGGGCAGCCCGCAACAAAGCACUACGUCACCAGUUAACUUUCACAGCAAGCUAGCCUUGUUUAAUAUGCAUACAAAAAAAGGAAACCCCAACACUCGAAACAGAACAACCUUAACCCUGUUUAGUGGUGGACAACCGUUUCACUUCUGAAUAUGGUUAAUACAGGAUUGUUUUUAUACUUUUGCUUUAACUCAGAUAACUCUGGACAAUGGUGUAUGCCUCCCCCCACCCCCCACCUAGAAUAACAACCAAUUAGUUAUUUCCGUUUUAUUUUAAUUUUAUUUUUUUGUUUGUUUUUUAAUAGAUAUAUUUUGGUUUCUCAGUGCUUCGAAGCUUCCGCUGAUGUUUCAUCAUUUGAUACAAACCAUUGUUAAGGUUUUCUUUGUGUGUGUUUUUUUUUCUUUGUUAGUAUCAGUUUAGUUGACUAUGUUGCUUUAGAAAUAACCAUUUCUCGUGAUAGGAGUUUUAAGUUAAAAGGCCACUUAUCAUAGAGACACUGUUUUUUAUUUUAUGUUUUAGAAACGUGUAAAUACACAAUUAUCUGACAAGUGCAAAGUAAACGAAAAAGGGAACGAUAAAGUUAUGUUUGCAGGGAGGGAAUCUUCAUCUCCUACAAAGAGGUCAUGCGGUAAAGAGACAGACAUUCUACUAGAGUGGAGUUACAAAUGGCGCUUUCUAAUCUAGAACACCAAUGCAUAAACGGAACAUGACAUUUCUCUCUUCUGCACCUUUACUUGAAGUCUAACCUAUCAGAUAAGACUAUUGCUAUAUUUUUAUUAUGUUAGAAAUAAAAAAAAAAUGCAGGGACUGGGAAAUGUUAAAUGUUGUAUAUAUAGUAAGAUGAAAUACAGGGUAAUUUUUGUCAAAACUUUGAUCCUAUGUAAUUCAGCAAAAUCAUUAAAAAUCUGCAAAAUAAUCUUUCCUCUGUAUACAGUCUCCAUGGACCAAGGUUAUAGUUGUAGAUUAUAUAGAAUUGCAUACAUGCAUACGUAAGGCCCAACAUGGUAAAUGGUCUUUUAGCUUAAAAAGUUGUCUCUUAAUUAUUUUUUUUGUUAACAUUCCAAAUACACAUUAAAAGUGCAAUUCAACAUUUUUCACUUAAAAAUUAGAAGGUUUUGCUUUACAGACAAAAUAAUUUCUGGAGUGCCACAAACAUAAUUAUAAAAAGAACAAAAAAAUAAUAAAAUAAAAUAAAAAUGUAUGUAUGUACAGUAUAAGGUCCAAGCACUUUUUUCUUCUCUUUUUAUCUGCAGCAUUAAUUACUGAAUCAUUUAAUGCCAUAUUGUAAUAUUACAGCAAUAAGACUUUGUACUGUAUGUUGCUAAGGGACUCUAACGGUGAAAGGUUUGUUUUAAGGCACUUGAAAAAUGGGCACCAAUUGGACAUCAGAGCAAUGGAUCUAACAAGUACUGCAUGAUAACCAACUGAUGUGCGGUAUUAUGCUCCUGUGUUUUUUGCCUUUUUUUCUAUGUCAGUGUUGGUUCUGGAGGUAUACUCAUACCACGCUCCUCUUAAAGCAGCAGUCCCGCUUACUUGGUCAAAACAAAAAUGAAAUAAAAAAAUCUUUUUAUAAACUA